AUGUCGCUACCUGACCCUACUGAAGAUCUCGACUGGGGAGGCUACAUUGGAGGCAUUCAUGAGAUAUUCCACAAGAAUGCCGUGGCUCAUCCUGACAGGCUUUGUGUGACAGAGACUGUGACCUCGAAGGCGCCAACAAGAACCUACACCUACCGCCAAAUUGAUGAAGCAAGUAACAACAUCGCCAAUUAUUUACGCGACUCCGGCAUCCAGAAUGGAGACGUAGUCAUGAUCUUUGCGCACCGUUCAGUCGAAUUGGUCUGUGCAUACAUGGGAACCCUGGCUGCUGGUGCUAUCGUCACUGUCCUUGAUCCUCAGUACCCCCCGCAAAGACAGCAAAUCUAUCUUCAAGUUUCCAAGCCCAAGGCGCUCAUCUCCAUUCGCAAGGCUACGGAAGAGAGCGGUCCUCUUGCUCCUCUCGUACAAAAGUGCAUUGAUGAUGAACUUGCCAUUAAGAUCAAGAUCCCAGACCUCCGCUUCACCGAAGAUGGCGAGUUGAUUGCGGGCGAAGACAGUGCUGAUAUUUUUGCCAAUGUUAAAGGGAGGGCCUCAACACCCCCCGAUGUGCUCAUUGGACCCGACUCCAACUAUAUUAUGACGCCUCUGGCCUUGGGCGCAAGCCUAAUCCUACCCGCCAAGGAGGAUAUCCAGCACGUAAGGUUGAGCGAAUGGAUGAGAAAGUGGUCACCAACGACAACUCACCUCACGCCUGCCAUGGGACAGAUUCUGGUUGGUGGCGCCACAGCGCAGUUUCCUAGCCUGCGCCAGGUCUUUUUCGUUGGUGAUGUCCUCACUACUCGGGACUGUAGGAGUCUCCGUCAGCUAGGUCCCGCCUGCACCAUCAUCAACAUGUACGGAACCACGGAAACUUCUCGCGCUGUGUCCUACUUUGAGGUCCCUUCCGCCCAGGAGGACCCUGCAGCUCUGGACUCGCUCGGCGACUCUAUCCCCGCUGGCUGGGGCAUGAAGGGCGUCCAGGUAUUGGUUGUGGAUCGAGAAGAUCACACCAAGAUCUGCCCGAUCGGUGUGGUUGGAGAGAUCUAUAUCCGCGCUGCUGGUCUUGCCGAAGGAUACCUUAAUGAUCCUGAGAAGAACAAGGAGAAGUUCAUUGAUAACUGGUUCGUUGAUAACGAGAAGUGGGUGGAGGCAGACAAGGCCAACGAUAAGGGCGAACCUUGGCGCAAGUACUACAAGGGGCCGCGAGACAGACUUUACGUCACAGGUGACCUUGGAGAAUAUCGACCAGACGGAGCUGUGCGUGUCCUGGGCCGUAUGGACUCACAAGUUAAGAUCCGUGGAUUCCGCAUUGAACUCAACGAGAUUGAUGCGAACCUUGGUGGCAGUCCUCUGAUCCGAGACUGCAAGACACUGGUUCGAAGAGAUCGUAAUGAGGAGCCGACACUUGUCAGCUACAUUGUGCCUGAGAUCGCUGAAUGGAAGCGUUGGCUUGAGACUCAGAGCCUCCAGGAUAUCGACGAAGAGGGUGUAGAAAUGGGACCCUGUACUGUCUAUCUCAAGAGGUUCCGCCGUAUCCAAGCCGAGGUGCGAGACCACCUCAAGUCUCGCUUACCGGCGCACUCCGUUCCUUCGAUCUACAUUGUUUUGCAGAAGCUGCCUCUGAACCCGAACGGAAAGGUUGAUUCUCCUAAUCUUCCUUUCCCCGAUGCCUCUCUCAUGACAGAGGAUGCUUCGGAAGAAGAUCUGAAGAGCUGGGAGAGCCUAUCUGAGACUGAAAAGACGAUUGCGACACAGUGGUCGACCCUAAUCCCGGGUUUGAACGCCAAGAUGGUCAGGCCAGACUCAAGUUUCUUCGACUGCGGUGGCCACAGUCUUCUUGCCCAGCAACUGUUGCUUGAUAUUCGCAAGGAACUACGUGCCGAUGUCACCAUCGGUGUCCUCUAUGCAAAUCCCACUAUUCGAGGCCUGGGCAGCGCAGUCGACAGUCUUCGCAGCGGCCAGGCUGUCACAGUCGAUCAUUCUAACGAUAAUGUUUACUCUGACUCUCUCGAUGAGCUUACCAAUACUCUAGACGCGAAGUACCAAAGUGCGGAUCCGGAUGCUCUGAGCCCUUCUAACGGCGCCACUUUCUUUCUUACCGGGGCUACUGGCUUUCUCGGCGCAUACUUAGUCAAGGAUAUACUGGACAGAAAGAACACUAAGCUGAUCGCUUGUAUCCGGGGAGCCAAGGACCUUAAGUUUGCCAAGGAGCGUCUUGUAAGAUCCCUCAAGGGCUACGGUCUCUGGCAAGACUCUUGGGCUGAUAGGAUCUCCUGCGUUAUUGGUGAUCUCUCUAAGCCUCGCCUUGGCCUAGACGACGCUAGCUGGAAGCAUGUCGCUGAUACAGCUGAUGCAUUUAUCCACAACGCUGCGUACGUCCACUGGAUCGCUCGUUACGAACAGAUGAUGGGGCCGAAUGUUCUGUCAACUAUCGACGCUGUGAAGCUUUGUAACGAGGGCAAGCCCAAGCUCUUCUCAUUCGUUUCCUCAACCUCGACCCUCGACACCGACUACUAUAUCAACCUGUCCGAUGCCCAGACAGCUACCGGCCGAGGCGCCGUCCUUGAGUCCGAUGACUUGCUCCCCAACCGAACCGGUCUAGGCACUGGCUACGGGCAAACUAAGUGGGUUUCUGAGCAACUCGUCCGCGAGGCCGGCCGCCGUGGUCUCCGUGGCGCAAUCGUCCGACCAGGAUACAUCCUUGGCAGCCGCAACAGCGGUGUUUCCAACACCGACGAUUGGAUCGUACGCCUCUUGAAAGGCUGUUGCCAGCUUGGUGCUCGUCCUCGCAUCAUCAACUCGGUCAAUGCUGUCCCUGUCGAUCAUGUCGCACGCGUUGUUGUCGCUUCGACCCUGAACCCUCUCCCUGGCAUGAACGUGGUGCAUGUUACUGCUCACCCCCGCCUGCGGAUGAACGAGCUCCUCUCUGCGCUAAGUUACUACGGUUACGAAGUACCCGAGGUAGACUAUGACAUCUGGAAGUCGCAGCUGGAAGAGUUUGUCUCGGCCGGAGCCGUGGAGAAGGAUCAGGAGCAAAACGCAUUGAUGCCGCUAUUCCAUAUGGCUACUGCAAAUCUCCCAAGCACUACUCGUGCUCCUGAGCUAGAUGAUAGGAACGCUGUGGCUGUUCUUAGGGCCGAUGCAGACCGCUGGACAGACAUUGACGAUAGCGCAGGAGACGGCAUUUCUCGUGAGGAUAUCGGGAGGUAUCUACGGUACCUUGUUGAGAUCAAGUUCAUGGCCGCACCCACGGGUAGAGGACGUAAGCUGCCCGAGAUUGACACCUCGAUCGCCGAGGCGCAAGCCCAGUGGGGAGUUGGUGGUCGCGGAGGUACCUCAUAA